CCCUUAUAGCCCCUCCCACGACCAAAACAGGACCUGUAUAGAUUAGGGUUUUCUUCUCUUGCUCUCUCGCUCUCGCUCUCUUUGCGUUUUUUCUCCUCGUUUUUGUAAAAAGGAAGGAAGAAAAUGUCGAAGGGUCCGGGUCUCUACUCAGAUAUUGGAAAGAAAGCGAGAGAUCUUCUGUAUAAGGAUUACCAGUGCGAGCAGAAAUUCACCGUUACCACCUAUACUUCCACUGGCGUUGCAAUUACUUCAACUGGAAUAAAGAAAGGUGAACUGUUUUUAGCUGACAUCAAUACUCAGCUGAAGAACAAGAACAUCACAACUGACAUCAAAGUGGACACAAACUCUAAUCUUUUUACAACGAUUACGGUCAAUGAACCUGCGCCCGGGCUCAAGACAAUUUUUAGCUUCAUUGUUCCUGAUCAAAAGUCUGGCAAGGUGGAACUGCAAUACUUGCACGACUAUGCAGGGAUCACCACAAGCAUUGGUUUGACUGCAAACCCCGUCGUCAACUUUUCUGGUGUGGUUGGGAGCAAUGUUCUUUCUGUCGGAGCUGACCUCUCUUUCGACACUGCGUCGGGCAACUUCACCAAGUACAAUGCAGGGUUGAGCUUCUCCAAUGCCGAUCUCAUUGCUUCUUUGACCUUGAAUGACAAGGGAGACAACCUGAAGGCAUCCUACUACCACACAGUGCGCCCACUGACAAGCACGGCUGUGGGUGCGGAGCUGUCCCACAGCUUCACAAGCAACGAGAACACCCUCACAAUCGGUACCCAGCAUGCCCUGGAUCCCUUGACCAACGUCAAGGCCCGGGUCAACAACUACGGCAAGGCGAGCGCCCUCAUUCAGCACGAGUGGAGGCCCAAGUCACUCUUCACCAUCUCCGGAGAGGUGGACACCCGGGCCAUUGAGAAGAGCGCGAAGAUAGGGUUGGCCUUGGCACUCAAGCCCUAAAGAAAGACUGACCAUGGGACACAAGGAGAGAGACCUAGCUUAGGGAGAGAAGAAAUGCCUCCACCCAUUUGCAUAUGGUGCGGAAUGCAAUAAGGUAAACGAAAAAAAAAAAAAGAAAAAAAAAGGGAGACUAGAUCAAGAGCUCUUUUUUCUUUGGUUGCUUUUUUGUCUUUGCUCUUUUGAAAGCAAUGAUAAUGAUGAUGCUGGACACUGCGUGAUUUGGUCUUGAUGAUAGGGGCCUGUAAAAAUAACUCUGGCCAACGGUCAGGACCUCUGCCUGGACCUCUCUUCUCUUAGACUUUCCUUUUCCCUCUUUUGAGGUGUGAUCAACGCUGGCCUGGAUCAUUUUUUUCCCCCCUCUGGUGGGGUACCAGCGAUGCUGGUUUUUAAGUAGUCUUAUUUUGCCCCUUUGUU